GGCAACUGUUUUGGAGAGGGGUUGUAUUGUUUCUCAUUGGCACAAUAUUCACUUUUGUUCUUACUUUGUUGCAAGCACAAAGACGUUUUUCAUCUUUCAAGGACGAAGAUCUAAUGAACAGUAUUCUUUGCUCUAGAUGGUGGUUACCUGUUAUAUGUGGAUCUGGCUCUGCAUUUGUUGGAUUAAUCUGCCCUUUCUUGGAGCAUAAAAUUAAUGACCAGCAUAUGAGAUCUCAAGAAUGGUCACAUGUUUUAAGAUGCAUUGCUAUGUUUGUAGGGAUCAAUGAAGCUUGCACUAAAAUCGAUUUUCCCAGUAAUUUACAGCUAUCAUUGUCACUUUCUGUGUUAUCUGUUGGAUUAUGGUGGUAUUUUGAUAGGACGAAAGUUGGUUUUGGAAUUGGAGUUAUAGUUGCAAUUUUAGCCACAUUUAUCACUCAAAUCCUUGUGCAUCAUCAAGUAUGCUUGUAUUCUGAAAGGGAAUUUCUCUAUGUGAGAUCUUGGUUACCUUGUGUUGUUUUUUCUGGAGGCAUAACAAUUGCAAAUAUUGGAAAGCAGUUGGCAAUGAAUGACUUUGCAGAGAGUGAAAAUAAGUCUCAUGCAGAAUGAAAAUUUAGAAACAUGAAGCUUUUAUUCUUUCCUCCCAACACCCAAGAACAUAACAUCAUAAAGGAUAGUCAAGAGAAAGAAGUCGGUAUUUUAAGAGUAUGCAGAUUAGAAUAAAAAGUUACUAGUAUUCUGUAGAUUUCAGAUAAAAUCUGCUGCUUUGAAAAAAAAAAAAAA